GCGUAUUUUUAAUCACCCGUGCAAUUCUUUCUCACCUCCGAAACCCUAAGCCGUUGCGAGUUCGUUCAAAGCCAUCUUGCGACAUCUGUUUUCUUGCACCGAAAAUGGCUCAAGCGGCUGAUAACCAAGACCACAGCCCGGAAAUCAAAGGGCCAUCCGCCAAAAUUGCGAACCUUACGCAAAGUGUCGAUUGUGAAAACAAGCCUUGUGAAAUUCCUCCAUUUUUACGGGUCAAAAAGCUUUCGGAGAAGGCAAUUUUGCCUUUGAGGGGUUCUCCUCUUUCCGCAGGCUACGAUCUUUCCAGUGCGGCGGAGACUAAAGUGCCCGCCAGAGGCAAAGCCCUGAUACCCACGGAUCUGAGCAUCGCUAUCCCCGAAGGAACUUAUGCUCGCGUUGCGCCGCGGUCGGGUUUAGCUUGGAAGCACACGAUCGAUGUGGGGGCAGGGGUGAUCGAUGCUGAUUACAGAGGCCCAGUUGGGGUGAUUCUAUUCAAUCAUUCGGAUGUGGAUUUUGAAGUGAAGGCUGGUGAUAGGAUUGCCCAACUGAUCAUUGAGAAAAUUGUGACGCCUGAAGUGACUGAGGUUGAUGAUCUUGAUUCAACUCACAGAGGGUUUGGAGGAUUCGGGUCCACCGGCGUUUGAAUUUUUGGGUCUUCGGGUUGGUACUUUUUCUUGGUAGUUUCAUUCCUAAUGUUUGUAUAGUUGAGAUCUUAGUGUUUGAGUGUGGGAAGGGGUGUGGCAGUUUGGGGGAGAGGUUUUGGUUCUUAGUCGUUCUUCAAUUCAGUAAUUUUGUCGAACAGAUAGUGGGUAUGGUGCCAGCCCCUUGAUGCGCUGCUUAUAAUUAGAUUAGUGCAAGCAAUCAGCAAACAUUGUUCCUGUUAUUUAUUCCCAUGGAAGAUUGGGUUUCUAUAUUGCUCAUGCAUGGGCCAUGGAGGCACUCCUCCCAAGUUAUGGGCUUAUUUACUUAUCCUCUUGAUUGAAAA